AUGCCAGAACUUGACGACGACGAAUACUACGAUGAUGCCACGCUGGCACAGAUGUACCGCCCAGUCUACGCCUUCGGUACGAGUGGAAGAGCAAGCCAGAUUGGCAAUGUAGAUUGGAUGUCGGAGGAAAUGCAGCUCGAGACCCAAAUGAGCUUGUUCAACAUGCCAAAGAAGAAUACGAAAUACGGCCACGUGGCGGAGAAGGCCGAGAAAACUAUGAUUACAGUUGCAUUGGUUGAAAAGAUGGAUACCUUAAUGGGAGAUGCAGAGCAGAUGGAAAUGAUUGCGUCGAAGAGAAAGGCAGAACAUUUUUGA